UUUCUCUUUCGUUUACUACCAACAUCUGUGAUUGGCGUGUAACGGUUUGUCCGGAAUUUCCAUUCAAAGUGGAUUUUGACAGUUGGCUUUUAGGCCGUAAUCAUAUGUUUGUCGAGAAUUUUCAUGCAUUUUCUAGCAUAUACUUCUAGUAAAUAUUCAAUUAGUGGAUAGACCGAAUACGUCCAAUGCACAAAAUUUGCAGCAGAAGAAACGAGAGGCAGAUCAAAAAGUAUCCUUCUGUUGAUCAACAGCAUGCGGCAGCUGUUCAAAUCGUAAAAUUAUUUCCACAACUUAGUAAUACGCGAGUCACACCAACUGCUCCUGAUGAGUCAUUUUUCUUUUGGCGCAACGGAGGCAAGGAAAAGGGUGCUCAUACUGGCAUGAUAUUUCAUCGCAUCCGGAAUGUCAUCAAACAGCUACCUGCAGAAAAACAUAAAUAUAAUCGAGGAACUAUGCCUGUAGAAGAGUCCGUUUCAACUGAACUUGUAGAGCGGGCUCAAUUGCUCCGAGUAAUGCUUGCAUCGGCAUCAGUAGCAGAACAUAUUUGUGAUGAAAUGGACCGAUGCUUUCCAGUCCUCAAACUGUUAUUAAAAGAAAAGAAACCCGUUAAUGAUAUCUUGGAUAUGUUUCCACACCUGUGUUCAUAUGAAGGAUUGGUGAUUCGUCAAAUGUUUGAGAGAUUGUAUCCUAACAGAACAGAAGGUCUCAAAAUCGAGGAUGUCUUCUCUCAGUGUCUAUCUUAUUCACCGUCCAGAUUCUCUAGAGUAGAAGAUGAUCACAUUCGAGGAUGCUUGAGAAUAAUUUCUCAUAUGCCAAUUCGCGGACAAAAAAGAACGCUGGUAGGCUGUCCAACUGUAGGCGAAGAACAUUCGGCUUCAAUUUUAAUUCGUUGGAUUGGGGAGUGCUUAGAUACAUACAUGGCAUCCCCCGCAACUGAUUCCAAACUACACAUGGUGUGCGUAGCAAGCCCGAUGAAAAGAGGAAAUUAUGCCGUCAUUUGUGAGAAAAAAGUUAUAUUCGAGACUAACAAUUCUAUUCAUGCAGUGGAAAUUUUAUUCAAAUGCCACGCAGUUCUCGGAGUGGAGGUGCCACCUAAUUUUAGAAUGUUUUGGGACUUUCUGGCAUGUGCCAUAUAUAAUAUAAUUCCGCACAGUCAGAGGACAACUGUGAAUAGACUCGUCCAAACUUUUAUUGAAGUUUCCCGCGCACGUAUUGACAACAAAUAAAAGGACAACUUUUUUAUACAAUACUUACUAAAAACCAUAAAAUUUAAUAAACAGAAGUUUCUUUAAUUAUUAUUGUAAAAAUAUUCCAUAAGAAAAGAAAGACUGCAUUGUGUUGUAUCCAAAACAAAAUUUUGACGGCCAAUUUCUUCACUGGAUGUAAACCGGUUUAGUUCCAGUUCAAAUGCAACAAUCGAUCAUGAACCAAUUUAAAUAGGAAUCGGUUGUUGCAUUUCUUCUUACAGAAACCAUUCAGAAUUGCAAGUCAUAAUCCGGAUGGCUCCAGUCAGUAUUCCGGCUCCAGUGA